ACUGUGCGCCCGCAUGUGGGCAGGUCAGAGGGGUAUCGGGCUCGCUGGACGCCGGGUGGUUUGUCAGAUGAAAUCGUCGCUGUGUUUGUGUAAUUCCUCUCACACUGGUGACCUUUCAGCGCUAAGGACGAGGCUCGACGGACAGAAGCACCGGCAGACAUGUCGUACUGCAGGCAGGAAGGUAAAGAUCGCAUUAUCUUUGUGACCAAGGAAGACCAUGAGGCGCCCAGCAAUGCUGAGCUGGUUGCAGAUGAUCCCAACGAUCCGUACGAGGAGCAAGGGCUGAUCCUGCCAAGUGGAGACAUCAACUGGAACUGCCCGUGCCUGGGCGGCAUGGCCAGCGGACCAUGCGGGUCUCAGUUCAAAGAGGCGUUCUCCUGCUUCCACUACAGCACGGAAGAGGUGAAGGGCUCGGAGUGCAUCGACAACUUCCGCAACAUGCAAGAGUGCAUGCAGAAGUACCCUGAGCUCUAUCCUCAGGAGGAAGAUAAAGAGAGUUCCACCCAAGCAGAGUCUGACAGCAGCGCUGCCUCUGCUGCCCAGACCGAGGGCUCCGCCUCUGCUGCCCAGACCGAGGGCUCCGCCUCUGCUGCCCAGACUGAGGGCUCCUCCUCUGCUGCCCAGACUGAGGGCUCCGCCUUAUCCCCUGAAACUGACGCUACACCAUCCACUUCAGAUCCCUCGGCUGACAGCGCGUCACCUACAGACAGCCAGACUGCCAGCUAAGGUCAAAUUUGUCAUUCACUGGCUCUUGUUCUGUGUGCAAGCACUGCCCAGCAUAAAUGACUCUCCACGAGGAGCUGUGAUUGGUCUGUUCACCUGUUUCAGCCUGAAGAGAGAGCUAAGACCGACACAGCUCUAACACCCGAAGGCAGUUUUUAGCAAGGCCAUCAGAGAAGGACUUUGUGUGUGCAGAAAAACAAAACAUAGUAUAUGUAUAAAAGUAGGCUGCUUUUAUUUGCUGAGAACUCAAUCAUUGGAUGGCAUCAUUUAAUGUCUGUGGGCCAAGCUAUUUGCUGCAGAGACAGUAGUUCAAAGACUCACCUUUAUAUGCAAUAGAUAAAUUUAUUUGAUUUGCUGUGAUUUCUCAUGUUAAUCAGGAGUUAUUCAUUAUGUUUGUCAGGAUUAUCUCUUAGCACUGAUUUAUCACCAGUUAAUCUGAGCAGUAAUCCCUAGAUUCUUUUCAAUUUGAGCAAUGUUCAUUUUUUUUGUUAGGAAUUUACCUCAAAUUAAUAUAGUCUUUAGUUCCAUCACUUGAGAGACCAAAACACAGAUGAUCUAUAUGAAAACAAGGCUACUGUCCCAGCUUCUGUGCAGUGGACAUACUAAUAUUACCACAGAUGUUUUUAACUCUGCUUGUCAACGUUUUGUCAGGGUCUACAUCUGCAUCUAUUGCCGUGUGAACCAUGUUUGUCAUUUUCGUUAACCAACACUGUAUCUGGCCCCGACCAUAGUGGUUUGGCAUGUUCAACUGUUGCUGCUUACAUCUUUUCCUUGUCUCACCACUGUCCAGAGUGUCCACUUUGAAUGCUGUGGUCACCAUUCAGUGUCACUCAGGCCUUAAAAGACUUCAUGGUAUUUAUAAAACACGUCCAAAUUAAAAAUGAUCGUCAAACAA